UCUAAGAUUACAGCGGUGUAUGUGUAUAUUAUAUGUUGGACAGGAGAUCAAUGUCAGUUGCAGCAGUAUAAUGGCAGCAGGUUACAGCAGAAUAAUGGCAGCAAAUUUCCAGCAUAAUUUAGGAAAAGUUGAAUCCCAAUAUUUCAAUCUUCUUUCCUUGUGCAUGUUGCCUAAUAAGAUCUUCAGUUACGAUUUUGCAGUAACUACAGAAGUCGUAGUUAUAAAUGUUGCGGAUGACUCAACAGGUGCAUUUGAUCAACCCAAUCCCCUUCCCUUCAAGUUUAAAACCAUACACUGCAGCCAUCUAGAAGGGUGUUUCUCCUAAAAAAAAUGAGAUGCUUCUAUGGUUAGCUAUGCACAAGAAUUUAAGUAAAACUAGUUUUUUAUUGGGACAUGGAACACUUCAAUGUUUAAGUUAGCACUUGUAUAUAUAUUGAGAAAAUAAUGGAGAAGAAAGCAAAAUAUGAAAAGUGCAAGGAAGCGUAGUAUGCUAGAAAACCCCAUUGAUUCGGGUGUUUUUAUACAUCUAGGCUUGUAAUUUCUUCAUGGACGAGAAAAUCAUGUUAUUCACCCAUUAAAGUGGCUCGUUGGCUAGUUUGAAGUUAUGCCAUGGAUUAUGUGUGCAUUACAUGAUUAUAAGAGAAAUUGUGUGCUGCGUAUUAAAGUAAAUGUAAGAGAAAAGGACAGAGAAAGAAAAAAUACGUAGAGUGCAAAAAUGAAAAUUGUAUGUCACUAGGCCAGGCCUGGACAGGCGCCAGCGCUUAGUCACCCCGAUUGUAAGUGCCUGAUCACCUGUGCCGGGCUAGGGAGACCAGAUCAAAUUCAGAUAACUAGUUGAUCCAUAAUUUGACUGUGCCCACCAAACUCAAUCCAAGUGAUGAUAAGGAGUUUUUCUAAUAUUUGUUCCUCAAGCCGACACUUGAAAUAGCCAUCCAGCUCGUGCUACAUUUGUCGAACUAUUAUUUGUUCACCAGUCAUGAUCUCUGACCUUUUCUACUUUUGUUUCUAAAACAAAAAUAAACAAGAUCAUGAUCCAGGGACUGUUUCUUACAACGUUGGUGUUCCAAGUCAUGACACGUGAACAAAGCAAAUGAAAAAGUCUUUCUAAAGCAACGUGUUGUGUUGAUUUCUUGUCGGAAAGAGAGACGAUAACGUCAAGUCCAAAACUUAUAUAUGGAGUCUAUGCAUUAAUAUAUUCAUUUUGUCCAAAUAAUAGUUGAAGGCUUGAAGCCUCUGACCUACACAAGCGAAGGCCUUCUUCCUCACCAUUUCAUAUCCAGAAAUUUGUGCAUCAUAGCUUGGAUUUGUUGAUGUUGGCAUAGUAUGACUGAAAGCUAUAGUAAUGCAAGUGUGAGCUCGACUUCAAGUUUGAAUAGCAGCUUUCCAGAUACAGAGGAUGACCAAACCAUUGCAAGCAUUUUAGCAGAAGAGGGAAAUUCUCUAGUUGCAGGAAGGCUGGGGAAGAGACUCUCGCACUUGGACUCCAUCCCGCACACUCCAAGGGUUAAUGGUGAGAUACCUGAUGUGAAUGAUGCAACCUUAGACCAUGAGCGGCUAUCUGAAAGGUUGGCUACAUAUGGUUUAGAAGAACUAAAAAUGGAAGGUGAUGGGAAUUGCCAGUUUCGAGCAUUAGCAGACCAGUUGUUUCGCAGUCCAGAUUACCACAAACAUGCAAGGAAACAAAUAGUCAAGCAGCUAAAGCAUCACAGAAAAUUGUAUGAAGGAUAUGUCCCAAUGAAGUAUAGAAGCUAUGUGAAGAACAUGAAAAAGUCAGGGGAAUGGGGGGAUCAUGUAACCCUACAAGCUGCUGCAGAUAGAUUUGGAGCCAAAAUUUGUGUGUUAACAUCUUUCCGGGACACAUGCUAUAUCGAAAUCUUUCCCAAAGACAGGAGUCCAACCAGAGAAAUUUGGCUAAGCUUUUGGAGUGAAGUUCAUUACAAUUCAUUGUACGAAAAUGGAGAUGUUCCCACCAGUGUUCCCACCAGAGUAGCAAGAAAAAAGUAUUGGUUUUUCUAGAUGUUUAGCAUGUCAUCCGCAGAUCGAGUUGUCCACUGUUCCUUUGUUUUCUAUACUUGUACAUAAUUCUCGAAUAAGCAAGCAACCACAGAGUAUAUAAGAAGCAAACAUGUAACUUGAUAUUGAAUGUAGCAUUAUAUUCAUAGUUUUUAUUAUUUUAUUA